UGCCGCAUCUCCGAAUGAUGUACUCUGCCAGAAAUCGCGUGCCGCUUGCAUUCGAAGAGCUGUUAAAAAUUCUCGGAGAUAGGUAGAGUUAUGCGGUAAUAUAAUUAAGCUAGUCGUUUUCCUUGAGCCAGCUGCUGUGUGGUAAAGACGGUCAAGAUGGUUAAAGAACAAUUCCGCGAGGCGGACACCUCUAUGAAGAUAGCCAACAUCAGUUUCGGCGUUCUAAAUGCCAACGACAUCCAGCAGAACAGCCAUGUGCACUGCGUCAGCAAGAACCUCUAUCAGCGAGAAUCUCUGCACAAAAGCGUGCCGUACGGCGUAUUGGACAACAGACUGGGCACGAGCCAGAAGGACAAGAAGUGCGAGACAUGCGGCAAGGGUCUCACCGACUGCGUUGGCCACUUCGGCCAGGUGAGCCUGGGGAUGCCCGUGUUUCACGUCGGCUACUUCAGGGCGGUCUACAACAUCCUGCACGCCGUGUGCAAGAUGUGCGCUCGCGUCAUGCUGCCUCCGGCCGAGCGGGCUCGCUUCCUAGACAUGGUGCAGCGUCCGUCUACCUCCUUCCUGACCAAGAAGUCGCUGCACAAGAAGAUCGUCGAGAUUUGUCGCAAGCAGGCGAGUUGCCCGUUCUGCGGCGUCGUGAACGGCCAAGUGAAGAAGUGCGGUCUGCUCAAGUUCGUCUACGAGCGCUACAAGGCUCACAAGAAGAACGAUGGCAUCAUCAAGGACUUGCAGGACGACUACCAGGAAGCCCGCACCUACAAUAACGAGAUCGACUCAGUGAUCAACAAGGUGACCAGUGACAUUCUCAACCCGCUCGUGGUUCGCGACCUUUUGCGCAGGAUACCGGAUGAAGACGUGCCUCUGUUGCUGAUGAACACAAGGUGCGGUCGUCCCGAAGACCUGGUGCUCACGCACAUACCUGUGCCACCGCUCUGCAUUCGGCCGUCGGUCGUGUCGGCGCUGAAGGCGGGCACCAACGAGGACGACGUUACCGUGAAGCUGACCGAGAUCAUCUUUCUGAACGACGUGCUGCAGAAGCACCGCACCAACGGCGGCAAGAUGUCGAUGAUCAUGGAGGACUGGGACUUCCUGCAGCUCCAGUGCGCGCUGUACGUGAACAGCGAGACGAGCGGCAUCCCGCUCAACAUGCAACCCAAGAAACCCACCCGAGGCUUUGUUCAGAGGCUGAAAGGAAAGCACGGCCGCUUCAGGGGAAACCUCUCGGGCAAGAGGGUGGACUUCUCGGGCCGCACGGUCAUCUCGCCCGAUCCAAAUCUGCGCAUUGACGAGGUUGGCGUUCCAGUUCACGUGGCAAAGAUCCUCACCUACCCGGAAAGGGUCACCCAACACAACAUUGAGCUGAUGAGGCAGCUCAUCCGCAAUGGUUGUGAUGUUCAUCCUGGCGCAAAUUUUCUGGAGUGCCGCGGUUCUGGCCUCAAGCGUUACUUGCGUUACGGCAACCGAGAACAGCUGGCCCACCAACUUCGGCUGGGUGACAUUGUUGAACGGCACCUCAAGGAUGGUGACGUCGUCCUGUUCAAUCGCCAGCCUUCGCUGCACAAGCUCAGCAUCAUGGCUCACGUUGCAAAGGUAUUGCCUCAUCGGACUUUCCGGUUCAACGAAUGUGUCUGCACGCCGUACAACGCUGACUUCGACGGGGACGAGAUGAACCUGCACCUACCCCAAACGGAGGAGGCGCGUGCCGAAGCCUUGGUGUUAAUGGGAACUCGUGCAAAUCUGGUGACGCCGCGAAAUGGCGAGCCUCUCAUAGCUGCCAUUCAGGACUUCAUCACUGGCGGCUACCUGAUCACUCAGAAGGACGUCUUCCUGGACAGAGCCAAGGCUUGUCAGCUAGCUUCCUGCAUGCUUGCUGGCAAAGACACCAACAUGAAGGUGGAGCUCCCACCACCAGCCAUUCUAAAGCCAGUGUGCUUGUGGACAGGCAAGCAGAUCUUCAGCCUGAUCAUGCGUCCCAGUCGUUCGUCGCCAGUGAUGGCUUGCCUUCGUGCCAAGGGCAAGUCGUACACCUCGGGAGAAGAGAUGUGUGUCAAUGACGCUUACGUCCUGAUCCGCAACAGCGAACUGCUCAGUGGCACGAUGGACAAGGGCACCAUGGGCUCUGGCUCAAAGAACAACAUUUUCUACAUUCUUCUUCGGGACUAUGGUGACCAGUACGCUGCUGACGCCAUGUGGAGGCUGGUGCGCCUCACCGCCUACUACAUUCAAAACCGAGGGUUCUCGAUUGGCAUAGGUGACGUGACCCCGGGCGCCGGCCUCAUAAAGGCGAAGCAGGACCUGGUAAGCGCCGGCUAUGCCCGCUGUGAAGAAUACAUCCAGCAGUUGAAAUGUGGCAAGCUUCAGGCUCAGCCAGGUUGCAAUGAGGAGGAGACCCUGGAGGCAGUGUGUCUCAAGGAGCUCUCUGUCGUGAGAGACCACGCGGGCAAGGCCUGCCUGCGAGAGUUGCACAAGACCAACAGCCCGCUCAUAAUGGCGGUGUGUGGAUCCAAAGGUUCCUUCAUCAACAUCAGCCAGAUGAUUGCUUGCGUCGGGCAGCAGGCAAUCAGCGGUCACCGCGUCCCCAACGGCUUCGAAGACAGGUCUCUGCCUCAUUUCGAAAAGCACGACCGCUCACCGCAGGCACGAGGCUUUGUGGAGGACAGCUUCUACUCGGGACUCACUCCAACUGAGUUCUUCUUCCACACCAUGGGAGGCCGAGAGGGUCUGGUCGACACGGCCGUGAAGACCGCCGAGACGGGUUACAUGCAGCGCCGCCUGGUCAAGUCCCUGGAGGACCUCUGCUGCCACUACGACAGGUCGGUGCGCAACUCGUGCGGCGAAGUCGUCCAGUUCUGCUACGGGGCCGACGGUUUGGACCCCGCCUCCAUGGAAGGCAAGGAUGACAAACCUGUAGACUUUGGCCGAGUCAUGGAAGUGACACGUGCCCAGAACCCUCACAGGAAUGAGCCUCCACUGGACAUGGACGGAAUUCUACAGCUUUCCAAGGAGGUUCUGGCCGGCCAGGACAUGAGCGUGUGUGGGGAGAGCUUUCGAAAGGAUCUCGAAGCCUUUCUCACCACUUACGCUAAGGAUGUUGCGGAGACGUAUAACCUGUACAAAGUCAAGGAAAGAGACAUUCCUGUGCUGAAGCAGCUGAACCGGCUGACGGCAUCGCAGCUACGCAGCUUCUUUGACACGUGUCGAGAAAAAUACUUGCGUUCGGUCAUGGAGCCUGCCACAGCUGUCGGAGCCGUGUGCGCACAGAGCAUCGGAGAGCCAGCCACGCAAAUGACAUUGAAGACGUUCCACUUUGCUGGAGUUGCUUCCAUGAACAUCACUCAAGGUGUGCCUCGAAUAAAAGAGAUCAUCAAUGCCAGCAAGACCAUCAGCACACCAAUCAUUACAGCUGCCCUGAUGAACGACAGAGAUGCAGAGUACGCCCGUCGUGUCAAGGGUCGCAUCGAGAAGACAUUGCUCGGUGAAGUGUCGGAGUACCUGGAGGAAGUCUUUCUACCCGACGACUGCUUUGUGCUCGUAAAGCUCGACAUAGACCGCAUUCGACUGCUGCAGCUAGAGGUUACGGCAGAUACCAUCCGUUACUCAAUAUCAUUAUACAAAACCAAGCUUCGCAUCAAGAAUGAGGACAUCAAGGCCAUUGGUACCUCCUUGCUAACUAUUCGACCAAACACCUCGUCCAAGACAUCCCUGUACUACUCUUUGCAAAAUCUAAUGGAACAGCUGCCAAAGGUCGUCAUCAAGGGCAUCCCGAGCAGCUCGCGGGCAGUCAUCCACGCCGACGACUCGCUCGGAGGCACCAAGUACGAGCUUCUGGUGGAAGGGGACGGUCUGCGGGACGUGAUCGCCACCUACGGCGUCGACGGCAAAAAUACGUUCUCGAAUAACACAUCCGAGGUCGAGAAGACGCUUGGCAUCGAAGCUGCUCGAGCCACGAUCAUCCGGGAGAUCGGCGUCACGAUGCAGAGCCACGGAAUCAGCGUAGAUCGGAGGCAUCUCAUGCUUCUCGCGGACCUCAUGACCUUCAGAGGAGAGGUGCUGGGCAUUACGCGGCAUGGCUUGGCACGGAUGAAAGAAAGCGCGCUCAUGUUGGCUUCGUUUGAGAAGACGGCGGACCACUUGUUCGACGCCGCCUACUAUGGGCAGACGGAUGAAAUUUCAGGAGUCAGUGAGAGCAUCAUCUUAGGUGUCCCCAUGGCCAUUGGCACAGGAUUUUUCGACUUGGUGCACAAAGUGGACUGGCAGCCUUUGGCUGCACCACGCAAGCUUAUUUUCGAUCGCAGUGAAUUUCACAUUAAACUUGGUGAAGAGUGACAAAAGAUAUUUGUACUGGAUGUACGUUGUUGAUUCUAAGUUAUUUUCUCUGUAAGAAUUCAUUAGCAGCACAUGU